ACACAUGGUUUAUUUGUUUACGCAUUGCAGUCUACUAGUAGACAUCAGUCAACCGAAUCCAGAUUUAUUAUUAGACAGAAUUUAGGCCUUGGGCUAUUUCAUUGUCAUAUGUAUAAUUGUUUUAACAGCCGUUUCCAUAAUUAAUUCAUUAUGGGAAAGAGUAAGGCUAAGCGGUUUGGGUCUCUCAAACCAUCUCCAACUGGGUUGAAAAGUGAAAAAGAGAUGGAGCAGGAGGCAGAGCUAAGGGGAGAGGAUGACAAUCAUGCAGCCCCUGCAGCUAUAACAAAUAUAAUGGAAAAGGUUUUUAUUUUAUUUACAUGAAUGAGAAUGCGCAAUCAGUUUAUAAACUAAAGCAGUGACUUUGGCAACUAAGUCUAAGCCAUGAGUUACCGGUAUUGUACUGUGGUGAAAUGUAAGAUGAUUUAAAUUUCGAAGUGGUUGCUAGCACCGUGACGGCGUGACGGUGUACCUAGCAAAACCAUGGACCUAGGCCUGCGUACAUCAUGGCGGUGUACCUAACAAAACCAUGGUCUUAGGCUUACACAGCGGCAAAAAUGUACCAUUGGCCUGGUUUUAAGAUAUGCCUGUUCACUGUUGACAAUCUUGUGUGGUCAAGUUGUAGACGCUUGGCGAUAUUAUAUUUUGAGAUCAAUUCCCAGUAGGCUCAGUAGGGGAUCGAAUUUUUCUUUUCAUUUAAAUUCAAAAUAUUUUAUAUUUAAAUUAUUAUGUUCAUUUGGAACAGUAGUUUCAUGAGAAGUUUUUAAAUAUUUUGUAGCAAUUUAAACAUUUUACAAAUGUAGCCUAUGUUAUAUUAUAUUCAGAUUAUUAAAUUAAGUGUUUCAACAAGUUGUGCCAGCCUUUGAUUUUGAAAAUAGCGGUAAUAAGACGUUAGAAUUAGAAAACAAACUGAAAGUUUCUGAAAGCUCAUGUAUAGUGAGCAUGUAACAUGCAUUAGAGAACCAUUUUGAAUACUAAAUGAUAUUUUAUUAUAUUUCAACAUUCUUCAUGUAGUUGAAUAUUUACAUUUUAGUUUUACGAACACCCAAAGAAAAUACCAAUAUAUCAAUAAUAUAUGAAUAUUAAUGUGCAUGGCCGUAUUUCAACCAUAUUACUUUCACUAUGCAUUGGCAAAAUUCACACGCGAUAUCCCUGGUUCAUUCACAACCCUCAGUCUCACAACAAAUCUUUUGAAAACACCACAAUUUUAGAAACUUAUGGCGCUGUAGCGACUGUAUAGUAAAGCCAUAGGUCUACCCUGUUCAUGACGGAAUUUGUUUCCUGAAUUGCAUGGCAUGUGCUAUUCUCAGGGUAAAACACAACGUUGUCUCACUGAAACCAUUGCUUGGGACAGGAUUUUCACUAUUUCAAUGUUUUUCAUCUGUUGUUUUUUUUUGUUAAGAAAUCGAUCUGUGUUGAGGGUGAGUUAUGGGCAGAGGCUUAACCAAUAGGGGGGCAUACACAAAUCAUGGGGUAGUUGAGGGGGGGGUUUGCUGAUGUCCGCCUGCAUUAUUUUACUAAUGUGUAAUGCCAAUGUAAAACUAAAUCAGUGAUAUUAAUUAUUUUUAAAAGACUAAAAAAUCACUGCACUUUUUUGUAUUUAUCAUACUGUUUUGUGUUGACAAUCGCUUGAUAUCACAAUAACAAUGCCUCGGACAACUUUAACUUCAUGAUCAACGCAUGUGAUUCUCUGCCUGUAAUGUAUUUGUGGCGUAAUUAUAACUUGAGGUUAAUAAAAUAGAUACACUGGCUUCCCAUUCAUUUUUACACCACACCCAAGGGAUCACAUACAAUGUUAUAAUUAUAAUGCCCCCCCCCCCCCAAAAAGAAAACAAAACAAAAACAAACUAGAGGAGGAGGGGGGGGGGGAAUUAAUAUUAAAAUUAACAACCCUUUUUAUGGUUUGCGUAAUUAUUUCUUGGUUCUAAAAAAAUGGAUACCCUGGCUUCCCUUUCAUUUUUACACCACGCUCCGAGGGAUCACAUAUAAUGUUAUUAUUAUCAUGCCUCCCCACCCCCACCCCCCCCCAAUUGUUGUUGUUUUUUUUUUUUGUGGGGGGUGGGGAGAAUAAUUUCAAAUUAGCUACCCUUUUUAUGCCUAUUAAGAUUCACAAUCAUAGGAUAAAACUUUAAUAAUUAUUAAAUAAAAUUGUAUUUUAAUAUAUGGGGGGAAAUAAAGUGGUUAACUUUAAAAAUAAAUCGUGGUUUAACAUUACACCCCCAGCCCCCUCCCUUCCAAUAAAUAAAGCCAUGCUUUACAAGUACUUUGCCACACAAGUUAUAAGCGUGGAACUUACUCAAAAGCUUCCUCCUAAGGUACUCAACCAUUUUAAAGAUAUAGUUUUCAGUUUUAACAAGAGUAUAACAUUAAAUCUACAAGUACCAGUUAGGCCAAAAAGUUUAAGACUCGCAAAGACCAUGGCUUUGCUACUUUAAAUCGCUGCGGUGUACGCAGGCCACAGACAAUGAUUUAGCUAGGUACACCGCCGCAGUGUAUGUAGUGCUGGCCUUUAAAUUUAAGUACAGCUAAACUAACACUACUAACAGUGAUUGGUUCAUCAGUUAUAGAAUUAAAGAUACAUUUGGAUGGAAUUCAAUUUUUUUUAAAAACUUAUAAAUAUGAAUUAUUCAGGUGCUAUCAUUUUAUUAUUAGCAAAAAUGAUUACAAAAAUAGUUAAAUAAAUUAGCCAUUCUCAUUUAUUAAUGAUUAACCAAAACCAUAACAAAUCCUAAUUGAAUUAAUUAUUAAUUGUUGCAAAAAAUCUUAUUUGUUUACAAAACAUCAGUCUACAUUUAAAACUAGAUUCAUAUUCAUAGGUAUAGUAUAAUUAAGUAUAAUACUUGUUGGCUUUGAACAAUCUCUUACAAUGAUUGAAUGAAAGAUUGUGGGCCAUUCUUCUCAUUAAGCCCUUAUUAUACAUAUGAUUUAUUAUGAUUAUGUCUGGAACUUUAUAAUUUAUAUGACUGCAGUUCAGUGCACCGGUUAACUAAUGUUGUGACUCGUGAGCAAUCAAACUCUGUAACUGCACUUUAAAAAGAAAGAACCAUGUGAUGCAUCACACAAAGGCCAGAAAUAACUAAAGAAAAUUAUCUGAAGAAUUGGUUACAUUAUAAUUUAAAUCAAGCUCAGGAAAAGUGGUUUCACAAUAGACAGUAUGUGAGGUGUUAAGCUUAGAGUUUUGGACAUACCUGAUUUGGUUCAAAUUGAUGGAAUCCGAUAUUUUAUUUAACUAUCUAGAUUUACAUCUAAUAUCUUGAGAAAAUUUUGGUAGGCUGAUUAAUAUAUAAAUAAAGCCACUGGGGAAAAUGGAAGAUUACUGAUUAUUUGCCUAUAAAUUAUAAACUGGUGCAGUCCUUGUAAAAUGGAAAUAUUAUAUGCCUAAUCUAAAGCCUAAUUAGAAUUUCUAGUGAGUAGUAGGCGUAGGCUGAGUGGGCAUAGUUAAUCAUUAAGAUUAAUGUAAUUAUGCAACAAACUAAUUAGCCUCCUGUAUCUAUGAUUAUGAAGUGAGAUGAAAUGGCAUAAUUUGGGUUGUGGAUCCCCUUAAAUUUUAUCUCAAUUAUCACUGAUGAUACACCAGAAAAAGAAUUAAAUUGUAGAACAAAAUAGCACAUUACUUUAUUAUAACAUAAGGUUGUAAGUGGAGUGAUACAAAUUUUGCUGUCAUUUACAAGACAACAUGCCAUUCUUUGCGCCCAAUAAUUUUUCUAUCUCAAGAAUGUCUAAAAAUCAAAAUUCUUUAUUAUUAUUAUGCUUGUGCUAUUAAUGCUAUGCAAAUUCAUGCCUUCUUUCUCCUACAUUUUUAAACAGUUACAAGGAACAAGUACAGAAGAGAGAGCAUGUGGGUGCCAGCUUAUGGCAAGUAUUGUAUCCCAACCAAAAGCCAUAGGUUAUCUACUCAAAGAAAAUGCUGUGAAAAUUACUGCUCCACUCUUUCUUGAUACUUGUUUGGAUGUGCGAAAAAGUGCACUUGGUGCUUUGCGGUCAGUUAAAUAAGAUGUUUACCUUUUUAAAUUUAUUUUAAACAGGGAUAAUAUUGUCUUUUCAAAUAAAAAUUUAUACUUUAAAAACAAUAAUCUUGUUAAAGUUUAAACACCCAUAUUUUGUGUAACAGUCUAUUUGAAACUACUUGUCAAAAUAAUUUGGAAGACAGUUUUUUCCCCUCAACAUUUACAGGAACAUGAGUGUUUAUGGACAGUUGGAUGUCUGUGAGGUGAUGAUCCGUCAUGACAUUUUAACACCUUUAACAGCAAUCUUGAAAGAGGUACUAAACUUUAUUAAAGUUUUACCAAAAUCUAUUUUCUCAAUUCUGAAAUUAACUUGAUGAAAACAUAAAUAUCGUUCACACAUCAGCCUUUGAUAACGUCAUUAAAAUUAAUUUAUAAUUAAUUAUCUUGGUUAUUGAUAUGAUUUUAUAAAUUUACUGAAGUUUUUAUUAAAUUUUAAUUUAAAUUGUAUUUAUAAAAAAAUAAUUCAAUUUUAAAAAAAGUAGACUAUAAUGAAGCAAUAAUUUUUCAGUCAGCAAAUCAAGAUUUAAUUAAUUUUAAUUAAGUAGUUUUUACAUUACAUAUUUAUUUGAUCAAUUUAAUUAAUUUUUUUUGUUGUAAAAAAACUUUUUUCACUGCUUGAUUGUAUUCGUGUUUUAUUUAUAUUAUAAUGUAAAUUAUUUUUUUUCAGUAUGGGGAUGCUUGGUUACCACAGAAAGAUAGUACCAAAUCAGAUGCAAGGACAGAUGUUUUAGUAGAAGCUGUGGAACUUCUGUCAAAUCUAUGGUAAAUUAAAUUCAUUGAGCAAAUAGCCUGGCCUAUAUAGGGGUCUGUUAAACCUCUAACUCUAAGUUGUAUAGUAAUGGGCAAUGGUCUUUAUGGUCAAUAAGAUACAAUAUGUAAUAAUAAAAAAUGUGUAUGAUGGAUGUGUUCCAGCCUAUUGGAAAUCAAAAUUUAUAUCAAGCAGCUUAAUGGUUGGUUGAGUUUAAGACUUCAUUGUCUAACAUAUGUUAUUUUGAUUUAGCAUUUUGCACUUACUUUUGACCCACUUCUACCAAACCCAAUUGCACAUUUGUGACCAUGCAAUAUUAUUACUUUUUUCAAAUGGGCUGUAUGUUCAAUAGUACCUCAGUUGAGCUUUGCAAAUUUAUAUUUCUUAAUAGACUGAUGCUGGGGUCAAUAAAUCAUGAAUCACAAAUUUUCACAAAGACAGCACAUAAGGCCCUUGAUUACCCUCAUUGUAGGAAGUAAACAAAAAAAACGAAUAUAGAAUAUUUAUGCUUUUUUAAUCAUUCAUACCAUUAAAAUAUGAAUAUUGAUAUAAUUUAUUACAUCAAUUUUUAUAUCCACAGUGAAAGUAGUAGUGUGGCAGUUCAAUGGUUCAACAAGGAAAAGUUGUUAGCAUUGAUUUUACCAUUAUUAUCUGUUCCAACAUAUGGUUAUCCCUUGUGCAUUGCUGUUGGUAAGCAAAGAGUCAUGUUUUCUUAGUAUGUUGUUUUGACAUAUGUUAUGUUAGCCCUCAAACAUGGCUCCAAUUAAUAUGCCAUUGGUCCUUGUUAAGCAAUUACACUGAUCUACGCUCAAUGUGGCAUGGGUAGGUGUUAAACUAUUUGUAGAGGACUUAUAUCUUUGUCAAAGGUGUCUGUAGUAAUCAGUAAAAAUAACAUAGCUUAGUGAAUAUACCAUUUUACUGAGGAUACCGGCAUGUAAAUUUAGGAUGUUAACUGAUUAACUACCAGAUUGAAAAACCCGCUGUGGCCAAAUUAAAUCUAAGUCACAUUUUCUCAUUUUAGAUAUGUGUACAAUUUCAGCUGCCGUUUUCUUAAUUAUAAACAUAUUCUAAUGCUUAAUAAACAAUUUUAUGGGUAAUUGAAUUGUCUAUAAUAUAAACUUAAAACAUUAGUAAAGUUAAGUUUUGUUAGGAAAUUAAUAAUUAUUAAAUUAGUAUUUUCAAUAGAAAAACAAUAAAAAAUAUAUUAAUGUGGCAAUUCACGUAUAAAUUUUAAAUUUCCUAAUCAUUUAAAGCCUUUCAUUUGAUUGUUUCCAAAUAGUAUAUCCAAUAAUAAGCAAAAUGCACCAAAGAGCACAGAAAUUGAAAAAUAUUUACACUUCCAAUCACUUAUAUGCCUUUAGUAACCCUGUCACUUGUUGCAGCGGUAAACAUCAUGUACAUUUUUGUAAAUAGCUAGGAAAUUAAACAAUUAAAAUUUCAUUUUUUAAAACAUUCUGCCGAUAGCAUGAGUUUUGAAUAUAAACAUCCUGUCGGUAAAUUAAAAUCUCGAAGCGAAACGGGAACGGAAUAAUAUAAAUAUUCGACUCAAUUUACUACGAUACUAACAUUGGCACUACCAGCGGCUCGUGGCCAUAACGAAAGAAAUGCCGAGCCGCUGGGAGCGGCUCAUGGUAGUUAACCAGUUAAGAAAUCUGUUUUUAUCUUCCUAACUUUUUUAGCGCCCCCCCCCCCCUCCCCAUUUUUGUUCUCUUUCUAUUGGUUGUUUUUAAUAAGUUAAAAAAUAUCAUUUGUUAUAAACCUCCAAAUUUCAGAUUUCAGCAAAAGGACUGGUAAAAACCUCUCUAAUACCCUAUUUCUUAUAUAUAUAUCUCCAGCACGAUGCCUGCAUGUGGUCAGUGAGAACAAUGAAGAAGUUUCUGCUCUGUGUCAAGUACAAGAGGUUGUUUCAAAUCUGUUGAGCAUAAUUACCACUGUUCCCAAUGGUAUUGAUGCUGUUUUGUUAAGAACACUAGCCACAGGUUGGUACAAGACAUUGCUGUUGUUAAAUAGAAAAUAAAAAUGGAUAUCACACUGAAUAUAAAAAAAAAUAAAGUAUGAAUUUACAUGUGACUUUAUUAUUUGGAUAUAAAUAUGGGACCAAUGAUUUCAUUUACAUACUUUUUAAAAAUUAGAUUAUAUCAUUAAAUUAUAGAAGAAGCAAAGGUUUGUUUAUUUUUUGCUUUUUCACCCCCAGGAAUUUUGUUAAACUUGUCAGAUAUUGACAUAUCUGCUUAUAUGAAAGGCAUCAUAACAGCUAUAGUUGAGGUAUUGGACUUGGAUAGUUUUGCUGUCAUAGAUGCAGCUUUUCAAAGUAGUCAACAAACAGCGGAGGUGAGAGACCACUUAAAUAUCAAUGUUUUUUUAAUGUCAUGUUGCUUUUUUUUUUUUCGUUUUGCUAAUUUUAUGUGAAGUGCGGUGAGCUUAGCCCUAGCUGCGGUACCGUGCUAUAUAAGACCACUUUAGUAAUAAUAGUAUGGUGGUGGGUAGCCAAGUGGUCUAAACUGAGCAAAAUCUCAAGUUGGUAGUCAGCCAGAGCCCAGUCAAGCAAAAACAACACCAGCACCCGGGGUGGAUGGGACACGUUAACCUUGGAUGGCAACUCAUCUAAGAGAAGGAAACUCUGAACUCAAACUCGGAGAUGGAGUCCCGAAAGGCGGAUAACAUUGAUACAAUGAAACAUUCCGACAACUCCUGCGACGUCACUGGUGCCAAGCUGUAUCAUCCAAUGAUGUUCCCUUGGGUUAUCAAGUGGCGUGGAGAGAGGCGAUUUGCUGUUGGGAACCAGCUUAUAAUCCUUGAAGAAUAAUCCCAAGCCAUGUGGAUUUUGUCCUCCGAAGCCCACUCCAUCAUCACAUUGUGACGGACGGCUGCCAGCAAAUAAUAGUAUUAGACUACUGAUCUUGUAAACAGAUUAAAAGGUGGGCUGUUAAGUCAUCAAUUAAUUUAUUAUUUUAAAUAUACAGACUGUAAAAGUAUUCCAUGACUGUGGGAUUCAUCAACUGAAAAGGGCUUAGUGUUUUGGUACUAACCGCAUGCUAAAUGUAUAUCUCAAGUACAAAAGCACAAUUGAUUUUUUGCUCCUUUGUUAUGAUUACUUAGAAAGUAAUAUCAUGUUCCUGAAGUAUGAUAUCUGCUUGUGUUUUCAGGAAGUAUCUUUAGAAAGUGAGAUGGCAUGGCCGGAAGUGGAUAAGUUGUUAAGUGCUCAGGGUGUCAGUUUAGAACUACUUGCAAACUUGUGCUGUCCUGACGGUACUUUUAUUUAUUGACAUUCUUAUUUCUAAUUUGUUUGCAUACUAUCAUCAAAAACUUGUGGCUAGCCCCAGCUGGCUAGCAAUUAAAGCAAUAAUUGCUAGUGUGUACAUGUAGUGUUAUUUCAUCAUUUCAAUGAUUGAACUGAUAAAUCUAUGUCUGUGUUGCUUUUAUUAGUUAAGUUUAAUUAUUGUUAAUAAUAGUACCAUUUUUACUAUCAUGUGCAUAAGGUCCAAUUAUAAUAGAGGUCUAUAACCAAAAUUGUUACCAUAUCAAUACAAAAUAAUUAACAGGGAUUGGACUAUUUACUUGUUCAAUUAUUUUUUUUCUUUCUUAAAAUGUACACCAACAGAAUCAAAUUUAUAAAUUUUAACAAUACAGUGGGGACUCGGAAUCCAAACUUAAUCCGUCCCAAAACCCUGUUUGAGUACCAAAUCGUUCGAUUUCCAAGACAUUUUUAUCUAUUUACAUUAAUAAAAACUGGAUUAAUCCGUUAUUGGGCCUAACAAACUCAUUAGAUCCCAGUCCUUUUCUUAAAAUUCUCGAACCCCUACUGGCUUUAAACUUCUCCUUUUGAGCACUAGUAUCAUUCAUGCCUUUGCCAUAAACGAUCGUGGAGGACCUUGGCCUUCUCACAUAUUAUUGCCUUAGAAAUCACUUCACCAGCCAGCUAUUUUUCAAUAAUACAGACAUGUGUCCCCUCUUCCAAUCCAUAUUUUUGUUCAUCUCCCAGAGGUCAAUGUCUUUAACCCCUAUUACCACUUUAGCUGUUUUGACACCUUUUUUUUUUUCAAAAUGAUAGUCAAUUUAGACACCCUGAACAUAGUAGUGAAAUCAGCCACACAUGUACAGAUUUCAUGCUUAUCGAUAAGUUCUUUCUUAAUUUCAAACGUAGCUCUUUCUUAAUUCAAGCAUAGCUCUUUCUUAAUUUCAAGCGUAGCUUUAACAACUGUCCUCUUACUCUUAUUUUCCUCACUACACUUGUUAGGAUCCCAGGUGAACACCAGAUACACUAAGUGUUAAUUUUAUGAAAUACCCAUGAAGCGUACUGGGAUUGAUACUCAGAUAUAAUAUUUAUAAAUUCUUAAAAUACUGAUUCAUUAUCAGGCUGAAAAUCUCCACCAAGUAGAGUUAAGAUGUUGAUUAGUCUGCAAAUAAUCUUCAUUUUUUAAUGCAUCGAUACACUAGUGUGAAAUAGAUGUGGGAAUAAAGAUAUAGACUGUUGCCCAGCUUUUUUUUUAAAAUUUUGUAAUCACCUCAGAUGAAUGGGAGGAUGUGGAAAGUCAAGGCUCAGAAGAAUCUGCAGAGGACCAGGCAAUGGAAACCACCUGUCAAAAUGCAACAGUAAGUUUUAUUUUUGAUUAAAUUUCAAAUUAAGUUUUUAUGUCUUACAGGUAUGCACAAAGUUUUAUACAUUUUUCUUGUGGAUUUUGUAAACAAUUUAUUUUUUUUGUUUUUGAUUUUACAGGUUGAACUCUGCCUCCCUAGUGAAAUUAAUUCAGCUUUUGUGGAAAAGGACAUAAUAUCCAAGGUAUGAAUACUUUUUAACAAAUACAUCUUCACAUUAAUUAUAUUAUAUUACAAUUGAUUCUAUUAAAAAAAUUUUUGAAACUUUAUUUUUGUCAUUUUCAGAUGCUGCUUCUGAAACUUUUAUAUCAUUUUGAAAAUAAGCCCCUGAAUAUCUUGGGAUUUGUUAAGGAAUGAUGGGGGGGGGGGGGUGUAUGUUUUUUUACUUUUUUAAAGACAUUAAUUACAUUCAAGUAAGCUUUGCGGCUUUAUUUUUGACCAAAGGUCAGGCCCUUUGGGUUUCUUGGGAUUUGUUAAGGAAUGAUGGGGGGGGGGGUGUAUGUUUUUUUACUUUUUUAAAGACAUUAAUGACAUUCAAGUAAGCUUUGCGACUUUAUUUUGAACCAAAGGUCAGGCACUUUGGAUUUGGGUUGGGGGAGUGUAAAUGCUAAAAUCAACUUUCAUGGUAAUGUUAUAAAAAUAUCUGCAAAAAAGAGUCAUUUCUGUUGUUUGACACAUUUCUGGUGAUUUUUUUUUUUUACCACAGCGCUCAGACUUUAAAUUCUUGUCUGGAACAGUUUUAAUUUAGGAUAAAUGUAUACUGGUACUGAGUUGAAAAAAACCAAAUGAUUUGUGAAAAUUCCAACCUGUCAAAAAGGACCCAUAAUUUCUAGAAUGCUGCCUUUUUUUGUUCUUCAAUUAAAAAAAAUGAACAAAUUUACUAUUUUUGUGUUUUUUUAAAUCAAAAGCUUUUUAAACAAAAAAUUAGUUGCAUCAAGUAUUCAAGCACCCUAAAAAUACUUUCCUUAGCUAUCUGUUGAGAUUCUGAAAAUGUAUUGCCGUAAUUUUUUUUUUAGGCAAAUCCUUAUUUUUAUUUUACAACAGAUCCUACAGAAAGCUUCUCCAUUGACCACAUCACAAAUUUCCAAGUUGGAAGAAUCUCAUUGUGGAAGAAAUACCCUUAAAAAGUAAUUAAUGUUAACCAAAAUGUCCACUUUGAGAAAUUCAAUGGUUUUUGGUGGUGAAAUAGUUCAUUUAUUUUACAAAUUGGUGUAUGAAAAGUGUAGGUUCAAUUUUGUUUUGUUUUAUCUAAUAGACUGUUUGACCUCCAAACAAGAGCUUUACUCUGUCUCAGUAAUAUAAUAGGAGCUGUGGAUGAAGCUUUCAUUUCAGAAUCGACACCCCUGAUGAAAGUAUGGACAGAACUUAAUAAUUUAGCCAGUUUGCCCAGAGGUAAAAGUUCUUUUGAAACUCUACUACAGUUAUUUACUUUGCAGUUUAUUUUUUAGUACGUAGCGCUGAUUUUACUGAAGAAUAAUCUUUUUUAAUUGUCAGCAGAAUCCACUAAUGAAGAUUUUAAAUGGGCUGUGACAAGUGCACUGAGAGCAGUCAUGCAGCGUCUUUCAGAGGUUCAAGCUUCAAAUGUAAAUUCUGAAAAUAAUGUUUCCUUAAACAUGGUAUUUAAAGGAGAGUGCUCUCUUACACUAAUACAGUACUGUUCAGCGGCAAAGCUUAUUGAAUAUAUGCCACUUUCUGAGUUGUUAAAAAAUAUAUUUAUUAUCUAUUGAAUUUUUUGGUGGUGUUACUCUUGUGCCAGUUUUAUAAAUGGUUUUCAGACGCUUGUACCCAGCUGAUGUCAUGUCAUGACUUCCUAUAUUAUUUCCAUAUGACAGAUCAGUAAUGUGCAAGAACCUGAUUUAGACUUUCUUUUGGGAUUGGCUAAAGAUAUUGAAAACAGAGAGGUGCAAAUAAAUGUUGUACGGAUCAUAUCUACUAUUGGAUGCAUUAUAUCAGCUGGAUCUAAUCCACUUCUUAAGGUUGGUAAAAUUCGAUCUUCCCAUCAUAUAUGACUUUUAUAAUCUACAAGCUUGUCCAAUUUUAUAUGCUUUACAUUUUGCUAGAUAUUUUUUUAACUAAACAUUACAAAAAACGAUGGGGAGAAGUGCCAGCCUAUUACUGCCCCAUUGAACUUGCUGCUUUUCUGGAACUUUUAAAUAUGUGUCAUUUAAAUCUGAUCUUUUUAAUAACUAUUUUACACAGUUGGCAUGUUUACAACAAUUUUGCCUGUUUACCUGAUAUUUUUAACUAGAAUUUAAACUCAAGCAUUUUUAUAUCCAGAAAAUCGGAACCAUUCUUCUGGAAGUGGCUUGUAACAAUGAAGAUGUUGUUGUUGUGGCUGAGGCACUGGAUUCAUUGUUUGAUGUUUUUAAAGAAGAUGCAACAGAUUUCAUAGCUAAAGAAAUUGGUUUGGUAGAUAAGCUUAGAGCUCUGCAGCCAUCUUUCAAGACUAGAGUAAGUAUUUUUAAAGGUCUAAUUUGACUAAUAAUGUGAUAAAUGAAACGAUUGAGUUAACUGAAAAAUAUCUGUCAUGAAAAUAUAAGCCUCCUAUGCAAAUAAACUGCAAGCUCUAAUGCCAAUUUUAAUAUAAAACGGGCACGGCAUGGCUGCCCAUAUUUUGUAUGUUCAAUCGCACAUGAUCUAAAAGCCUGCUAUCACCCAUCUAUUAGUGCAAUCCAAUUUUAUGGAACCCAAUAACUUGUUGUAGCGGGGUUCAAAUGUAUUAUUAUUAUACUUUGUUUUAAUUUCUGGGAGUUCCUUACACUUAAUUUAUGGUUAUGGACUGCCUCAACCUGUUUUUUACCGUAAAAUUGUUUUUUCCUGACAUCAAUUUUAUUUUAAAAUGUUCCAGACCUAUAUUUUUAAAAAUUAUUCCAAAAUCCUUUAUCACUGCCUCCUUUGAUUAUCACACUGGUGCAUUUUGUUAUUUGUGCGUGACUGUUUAUUGUUAUCCAUGAGCUUACAAAAACUGUGAAACUGUUAUAUCAUAUGGUGUACCCUUUCUGAUUCUAGAUAAAUUAAUUAGCUUAGUGUUUCAUAAUUUUACAAAAGUCACGAGUGUUGGUAGUUUUUCAGAACCAUUCAACUAUUUUUCUAUGAUUGGACAUUUAGAUGAGUAAAAGCAUUAGUGGCUGGGAUUGAAUGGAUAAAUAACUAGUCAUUUUAAAAUUCCUUCUUUAGUGAUUAAUUGAAUUUCUUUUUAUUUCAGGUCUCAGGGAAUCGUAAAAAUUUUGGAGAAAAUUAUGCAGUUGUAAUGAUGGCAAAGUCCAACCUUGCUGGAUUUAUAAAAUACAAGUUAUCUCAGACAUGAAAAAUAACGACAGACUGAAACUCUAUUGUCUUUCCAGAAAUUGGAAUACUUAACUUAAUAGUUAAUUUUUGAAUGUAUAUAUUAUUAUGAGAUUGUUUGAGUAUGUGUGGAGGGAGGGGAGCAUUAGUGUGUGUUAACCUUUGAUUGGUUACACAAUGUUUUUCUGACACCUUUAUACUAAUGACAAAUACUAAGGUCUAAAAUUAAGUUCCCUGUGUCAUUUUUGCAUGCAUGUGAUAAAAAAGAAUGAUUAAAAUUAAAUGUUAUUUUGACACAUCAUGAAUAUACUUUUCUUUAUUAUCUUUGCUAUGCUUAACCAGGCACGAUUUUCUUCUAUGUUACAAAAAGAGGAUUAUUUUACUGUACUUCAAUCUCAAUUCAUGUUUAAUUAUUGCAACAUAAUUUGAGAAGCAAUGAAUAGAAAUGCAAGAUCCUUGGAAAUAUUUUGAUAUUAUUAAUUUCAUGCCAUUUAGAUAUUUAAAAAAAGGUAAUUAUUCCACAAUCGGGAUGUAAGACAAAUUAUGUUACCGACAUUAAGAUACCCAAAGAUUGGAUUAAUAAAGCGCUGGAAAGAAUAUGAAUUUUUUUUUUUAUUGCAUUGAUUAAUUUUUAAAUUUCAAACAUAACAAAUCUUGGCUAACAAUUAUUUUAUACAUCAUUUACAG